AUGCGGUUCCUUGCUCACAGCAUAAUCUCCUUUUGCACAAUUUUCACAUCAGCUAGAGCAUCUUUCUACGAUAAUCCAACAUUCGAACUACCACCUGACGGCGGAACACCUAUAGAUGAGCUCGAGAAGAAAUGGGGAACUGAUUUUGGCUUCUCAGGCAUAUCGACAUGGGCUCACCUACAGCACACACGCUGUCUGACCACGCCCAGCGAGCUCUUCGACAUCGGAAUACUGGGCAUACCCUUUGACACAUCCGUAUCCUUUCGCCCCGGCGCACGAUUCGGUCCUCGAGCUAUAAGAGCAGCUUCAGCUCGCCAGACCUCAUUCCGAGGCUUCAACGCUCGAGCCGGUCUAAAUCCAUACACAUCAUGGCCCAAGAUCCUGGACUGUGGAGACAUACCUGUCUCGCCCUUUGACAACGCGCUCGCCCUGCGACAGAUGAGCGAAGCUUACCUCGAGCUCCUACAUCGACCAGCACUCAGCAGGGACGAAAGCGUAGGCUGGGUCCAUCCAAGGAUCGUCGCGCUAGGAGGUGACCAUUCGAUCGCCCUGCCAGCCUUAAGAAGUCUGAGCAAGGUUUAUGGCGGACCUGUCGCAGUACUUCAUUUCGAUGCACAUCUUGAUACUUGGCAUCCAGCCAAGUAUCCAUCGGCUUGGUUCGAAAGUCCUGGUGCUCAGUCAGACUUUACACAUGGCAGUAUGUUCUGGAUCGCUAGCAAUGAGGGGCUGAUCAUGAACUCGUCGUCUGUACAUGCCGGUUUGAGAACUCGACUCAGCGGCGACGACUUCGGCGACUACGAGGAUGAUGACCAGCAAGGCUUCUUGCGUAUCGAGACUGACGAUAUUGACGUUUUGGGUGUUAAUGGGAUUGUGCAGACUAUUCUGGGACGCAUCGGCACAGAGAAACCAGUGUAUAUUAGUGUCGAUAUUGAUGUGCUCGACCCGGGUAUUGCGCCUGGUACUGGGACUCCGGAGCCAGGUGGUUGGACAACGAGGGAGUUAAUACAAAUUCUGAGAGGCAUCGAAGGGUUGAACGUUGUGGGUGCUGAUGUGGUGGAGGUUAGCCCGGGUUACGACGAUCGAGGUGAAGGCACCGCACUAGCAGGAGCUCAAGUCGCGUAUGAGAUUUUGACGAGCAUUGUCAAAAGGGGAAUGGUGGAUAGAGGACUAUGGGUAGAAAGCGAGCACGUCAAGCCUAACAAGCUGGUAAGUUGGAAACAAAAGGCGCAAGAAGUGAUUGAAGGAAUAGGCGAAAAAGCACAGAGCGUUGUGAAGGAUGAGUUGUGA